AUGCGAAAAAAACGCACCCGUCGCGGAUCUCGACAAGUUGAAGAAGGUCAUGAACUUCCACCAGCUUCUUCCGUGACUCAACUAAAAAACUACCAUGCUCUCCUGUACUAUGCAACAUGGGACAGCCGCUGCCAGGCCCUCACCAACGCCCUUGCCAACCUCGCGUCUGUCGCGUGCCCCACGCUGUUUCCCUUGCCUCCGACAGGGCUGGGCGGAACGGCAGAAAGUGGAACUGUAAGACGAGCAGGUGGAGACCAGGACGGUAGUAGCCACGCUGAAGACACAGAGGCGGGGCCAGCCGUGUCUGGUGAAGCUCCUGAUGGGGAGAACGGCGAAAAGGUUGAGGAAGAGAGAGAGGGCCUUCGAGAUAUACUCGAUUCUUGCAUUCCCUGCUGGCUACCUGUCACGGGGAUCUGCGUGUCAAACAGUCUUGUGAUUGCGGCGGGAAGGCGCGCCCUUCAGAAACAGGCGCGCAUGCUGAGCAACAAGAAACAGCUACGGCACCAUGAACGAGCUCUUCACCUCAUGAUUUCUGAAGGAAUCUUUUACGGCCAUGGUGAUCUCCCAGCACUCCAGGUAUGGAGGCGCGAGGGAGGACGUGCGGAAAGGGGUAACGAAAAUGCGUAUUCAAGACCGUUCGCACUUCCGUCUCUUGGUCUCGACUCUUCUGUGUUGGGGGACAGUUCGCUAGUGCCAGGACAGAAUCCCAGUCAAAGUAGCGAUGCACGGAGGGACGGAGAGGCUGCGGUACGGAGCCUGCCUACCGGAACGGGACGUGAUGGAGAUCCAAAGAUGAAUCUGGAUCGCCCGGCCGCAGGUCCGCGUGACCAGGCCGACUGCCGCUCAACGUGGAGAAAAGUUUUCGAAGUUCGCGGCUUCGGGCCAAUUCCCCUGAUGCAGCUAGCUGGGGGUGAUGCCAGCGCUUGGAAGGAAGAAGAGAAACUCAUUCUCACGCGGGCUCUCCUACAUAAGUCGGUAGACAGUGAUGGCUCCGCACGCCCACGUGAAGAAGGAAUUCUCUCGGCGGGGCAUGGCGGCUUCCUCAGUGGCACAGGCAGUGCUCAACCAGAGGAAGAUGAUUUGCGAGUCUGGCUGUCGCAGCUGAGUUCCAUCUACCAGUACCACGCCAUGCGAACGCUUUUGCAGCGCCUGAGGCGUGCGGAAGACGAGUUCCCCGAAUUCCAGGAGUUCAACUUGAGAAACUAUAAUCCGCGCCUAGCUAAACUCAGAGGCCUGCUUAAAGACUGA